AUGCCUGACCAGAGGUGUGCGGCAGAGCACGGGCAGCUCCUGCUGAGCAGCCAGCACCAGCCCGUCUUCAGACUUUUGGGGAGAUGCCUGCUCUUUCUGACUCAGCGGUGUGGCGGGUCUGUGAGCCGUGUGAACCCGCUGAGCUGUGUUUGUCAGGUGUGCGAUGAACCGGAGGAGCUGAAGAGGAAGGUGGCCGAGUUGGCAGCAGCCGUGCGGAGCGCCAGGCACCUCGUCAUCUACACGGGCGCUGGGAUCAGCACGGCGGCUUCGAUCCCAGACUACAGAGGCCCCAAUGGCAUUUGGACACUGCUGCAGAAGGGCAGGAGCAUCAGGGCUGCAGACCUGAGUGAGGCAGAGCCCACACUCACUCAUAUGAGCAUUGCCUGCCUGCACAAGCACAAUCUGGUGCAGCAUGUGGUGUCUCAGAACUGUGAUGGGCUGCACCUGCGGAGCGGGUUACCCCGAGCUGCAAUAUCUGAGCUCCAUGGGAACAUGUACAUAGAGGUCUGCACUUCCUGUACACCAAACAGAGAGUACGUGCGAGUGUUUGAUGUGACGGAGCGCACAGCCCUGCACAGGCACCACACGGGCAGGAUGUGCCACAAGUGUGGGGCACAGUUGAGAGAUACAAUCGUCCACUUUGGGGAGAAGGGGACAUUGAGACAGCCCCUGAACUGGGAAGCAGCAACAGAAGCUGCAAGCAAAGCAGAUGUGAUUCUUUGUCUGGGUUCCAGCUUAAAGGUUUUGAAAAAAUACCCAAGGCUCUGGUGCAUGAGCAAGCCCCCCACGCGCCGGCCCAAGCUGUAUAUUGUGAACCUGCAGUGGACCCCCAAGGACGACCUGGCCGCCCUGAAGCUGCACGGCCGCUGCGAUGACGUGAUGCGGCUGCUGAUGGCGGAGCUGGGGCUGGAUAUCCCGCGUUACGACCGGUGA